GAUGGUGCGUAUUUUUCAAAGAUCCGAAGAAAAUUAUUGUGUACGUUAUGUCGGUUAUAUUGGAGAUGGGGACGCAAAAACGUAUCAGUCAAUUGUCAAUGCCAAUCCAUACGGCAUCAAGGCAGUAAAGGAACUCGAGUGUACGGGCCACGUACAGAAACGUAUGGGGACAAGGCUGCGUAGGUUAAAAAAACAAAUGACUGGUACAAAACUCUCUGAUGGAAAAAGCUGGACUGGAAAAGGUAGACUUACAGAUGCCUGCAUAAGUCAAAUUACGAGUUUUUAUGGCAAUGCGAUUAGAGCUCACGAAAAUUCGGUAGAAAAAAUGAAAGACGCAAUUUGGGCGAUUUGGUAUCACCGUCGCUCUUCAGAUGAAAAUCCCUCUCAUUACCUGUGUCCGCCUGGGCCCAACAGUUGGUGUAAAUGGCAAAACUUACCAGCCACAAGAAUCCCUGACAAUGCUUGUCACGCGAACUCUCUUCCCGAACCAAUCAUGGAUGCUAUAAAACCAAUUUUUGCGGACUCGACGAAGGAGCAUUUGUUGGAAAGAUGUAUAGGAGGAAAGACUCAGAACGUAAAUGAAAAUUUAAACAACGUAAUUUGGAAAAUGUGUCCGCAAACGGGAUUCAGGGGCGCAAAAACUGUUCAAGCUGCUGCUUACAUCGCUGCUGCAACUUCUAAUGAUGGUAAAAAGGCCAUUCUGAAUGUAAUGAAAUUACUUGAUGUAAAACCACAGAAAUUUGCACUAGUGGGUGCCAGAGAAGCGACCUUUACAGCCCGACAUGUCGACCUAUUUUGUUCUACAGAACAUCUGUUGGUAGGCCGAAGACUGUGUUGUGACAUUUUAUUUUUAUAAAUAUAUUUCCAAAAAUGCGCAACUAUUGAGUCGAUCCAAAAACCUUUACACCGCAUUCAUACAUGUAAUAAAUAACAUAAAUUGCUACAGGUAAGUAUAAAGACGCUGUACAUAUACAAAACGAAGAAUCAAUGUAAAACGUGUAUAAAUAAAAUGGUGGUGAUAAAAAUUGGUCUCUGGGGAUGUGAACAUAAGUAAAAUGAUAAGAUUAACUUUUUCUUUAUAUGCUUUAGUUCCAAUUGUUCACUUAUCUUUUUCACAUUUCUUAUUUGCAGGUGCUGAUCAAGUUGGACGUCGAUGGAGGUGAUUACGUUUCAAUUACGAUUAGUGUGUCCUUUUAUUUCCAUUUCUUGAAUUUGUAAAUUGGUCCUUUGCAGGUACGUCGAUAAUUAAAAAUGGAUGCUCCAGCGGUAUCGAUGCUCGUACUCAGAACAGGCGAUGAGCUACAGUUUAAUGGAUUACACUGGAUUUACUGCCUCGUGUUAUGUGAUAUUUUAAUAAAAUCGAGAACCAGCACAAUUACGUCCUGUCUUGCCGCUUAUUUUCCCCAGAGUAACUUUACUUGUCCUUAUCCGGUUAAGGAUUACCUUAAACCGCCAGAGUCAUAUCUCAAUCUAUAGUUCACAUUUGGCCAGUUAUUACGUGACACAGGUGUCACUCUAUCUAUAGCGCUACUUUUAAAUCCUAUAUCGUUACAGUGUUCACAGCUCGCUAAUGAAAUGCGGCUCCCUGAUCGAUUUGAAUCACCGCUGGAUCGACCUGUCUCUCGACCAGAUUAUUUCUUUUCGAAAAACGGAGCCUUCUCCGAAUUUGUGGAGCUGCAACUAUUCGAUCUAGUUGAACUGCAUGUUUUUACCAAAUCCGUGUAUCGUUGGCGACAAGCUCUCGGCCUACUCGAACGAUUCGACUCUCUGCCACUCUUAACAAUAAGUAUAUUAAAUACCCAAAACAGGAUAAAAAACUUUUUUUUCAUUUUUUGGUUGCUCAAGAUUCGUCGUGCCUCGCAGACAGCUAUCGAAACCUUCUAAAAACCAAAAAAUGUUCAGUAGAACUGGAACAUACCAGUCACAGGAAGACGUAUCUUUUGGAUAACGUUCAUUCCUGUCUAACCGGUCUCGAGAAUGCAACCGCUUUUUUCCGUAUUUUUUCUUGAAUCUCUUCUGCAAAUCCCGUAUUUUCCUCCAGAUUUCUCCCCUGGAGGAUCUGCUUAUUCUUUUACGUCGAUAUACCCUCGGCGAUCUGCUCCUCAGUCUGCUCCUUGACUCUGAUUUUUUCAUUCCGUAGCUUUUUUACACGUUGUUUGAACCUCACAAAGAAAUACAAUGAGGAUCGUAGAGCGGAGAGUAUGCAGGAGGCAGAGGAUAUGGUGUUUUGUUUUCCCAGCGUAUACGAAAUUAUAAACUGUGUGAUAGAACCGCGCAGGGCACCGCUAUUACAACUAUGAUCUGGAGGACGAGACGACGUAGUAAAAUCAAGUUACUUUUAUGAGUAAUCUAUGAUGCAUUGAUUAUUGUGAACAAAAUUUGAAGAUCAAAUCUUUGAUAACUCAUUUAAAAUAUCAUAGAACGCACAUCACAUGAUCCUAAUCCAAGGUAAAUAUGAAUACCAUGACGCACAAUUUUUCGGUUUCAGCAAUAGUUAUUCACAACAUUCCUUUCUCUGAAUUGGUUUCACCUUCAAUACGUUCUUCGUUUGAUAAAUUGAGAAGCUCUUUGCGGCAAUCAGCCCUUCGCUUAAAUUGAUUGUUCAAGACACAUAUUUUUAUUCGAUGCCGAUUUACUGCAAUUAACAUUUCGUUACAGAGUCCCGAAUUUUACGAGCAAAUGAUCGGUAUUUAAUUGUAUUUUUCAUUUAUCGACGGCAAAAACUUAUAGAAAACUAACUAUUGAGCGAAAAUUUUCUCUAUCACGGCACGAAAUUCCAUGAAAAGCUAGAACGAAAUCGGGCUAGCGGUUCCGGAGUCAUGGGGGUUCAAAAUUGGCGACAGUCACAAUCUUCUUCUUCAUUGCAGACGAAUUUUAGACAAUUUUUCUGUUCUCAGUAUUUUAAAAACCGAUGUGUCAAAAAAGUUGAAAUUAACAGAGUUCCUUUGUAUUAACGACCCCCGUUUGCCUUUCAAAUUUUAUCCAAAUCGGAUAUCGCAUUCAAAAGUUAUAACUAUUUUACUAAAUUUGAUUAGUUCAAGCAUGCGCAGCUGUGUAAAUUGAAGGAAGUAACAUGCAUUAAAGAUGAUGGUCUUCUCUCCAAUCUGAUGGCUCUAAGGAUGAUGUACCAGUGACGAUGAACUUGUUCAUCAUGCAGAGAUUACAAAUCGGAAUCAUCGAUAUAGUAUGGGUCUUUAAAUUUUUGUUGACUGAUUAUUGAAUAUGGGCCAUUCCACGUGAACCGGAUCAGUCA